GUCAUUCAGCCUCAGUACCAGUCAAGAGUGCGCUUCGAUCAGCAGCAUACCACAGAACAGAGCAGGGACGGAGAAUAGAGAGAUAAGAGGCUGCCUUCUACAUGCCGCUGUCGCCCGUUUCCUAGUGGGCAUUCUCAAAUUGGACCGCGAAGAAAGAGUGACUUUUCACAACGCAUUCGAAAAAGGAAUUUGUAUCAUGUUUCUUACUGCGGGCGCUCUAUUGAUGCUACUGGCAGCUGUGCAGGUUGCUGUGCAUGGCGGAGGGGCCGUGGGGUCGUUGCCACGGAGGCAGAGGUCGUUGCCGUGCACACAAGGGUUCUCCCAGGAGGAGUACAGUAUUGCCGUGGACGAGGAGCUGAGAGAGGGACAAGCACUCCUUACCGUGAGGUUUGCAGAUUGCGGCCUGGGCGACAGGGUUCUGUUGGAGGUGGGCGACGCGGUGCACUUCAGGCUGGGUGAAGAUGGCAUGGUGUACACCCGGCACUCCCUCCGUCUUACGGACAGGAAGAGAGCCUUCCUGGUGGUGCGAGCGAGGGAUCAGAAAACCAAGGAGGAGUGGAACACACGCGUUCACCUCCACCUCCGGACAGAUGGACAGGGGGAGACGACAGAACACAACAAACAGGUGAACUCCAGUGAUGCAGCUGUGAUCAUGUUUCCAUGGCGUAGCGUGGUCGUCAGGGGUGAUGGAUCUCUGAGGCGGGUGAAGAGGGACUGGGUCAUCCCCCCCAUCAAUGUCCCUGAGAACUCACGAGGACAGUUCCCAGAGGAACUAGUCAGGAUCCGGUCGGACCGUGAUAAGAACCGUCUCCUCCGGUACAGUGUGACUGGACCCGGUGCUGAUCAGCCUCCAACCGGGAUCUUCAUCAUCAACCCCAUCUCUGGUCAGCUCUCUGUGACCAAACCCCUCGACCGCGAACACAUUUCCAACUUCCAUCUGCGAGCCCAUGCUGUGGACCUGAAUGGGAACCAGAUAGAGAACCCCAUAGACAUUGUCAUCAAUGUCAUAGACAUGAACGACAACAGACCAGAGUUCACACACACAAUCUACAAUGGAUCAGUACCAGAGGGCUCCAAACCAGGGUCCUUUGUGAUGACAGUGACAUCAGUGGACAAGGACGACCCUAAGACAGCCAAUGGGAUGCUCCGAUACAAGAUUAUAUCUCAGAACCCUGAGAGUCCUUCUUCCAACAUGUUCACCAUCAACAACAAGACAGGAGGCAUCAUCACUGUAGCAGCAGGCCUCGACAGAGAGAAAGUUCCUCAGUACACACUGAUAAUCCAGGCUACUGACAUGGAGGGGAACCCCACCUACGGUCUGUCUAACACAGCCACAGCUAUCAUCAGGAUCACUGACGUCAAUGAUAACCCCCCAGAGUUCACCGCUGACACAUUUUAUGGAGAUGUGCAUGAGAACCGUGUGAAUGUGAUCGUAGCUAACCUGACAGUGACAGACAAGGACCAGCCCCAUACUGCAGCCUGGAGGACUGUGUACAGGAUCACCGCUGGAGACCCCACUGGACGCUUCUCCAUCCCCACUGACCCCACCACCAACGAGGGACUGGUCACUGUGGUCAAGCCCAUAGACUAUGAAGUCAGUCGUUCCUUUGUGUUGACGGUGCUGGCUGAGAAUGAGGUUGCCCUGGCCCGUGGUAUCCACCUGCCCCGUCAGUCCACCGCUACCGUGUCUGUACGCAUUGCAGAUGUCAACGAGAGCCCAGAGUUCUCUCCCAACCCUAAAGCCAUCAAACUGGAGGAGGGGCUACCAGCCGGCUCGCUACUCACCACCUUCACAGCACAGGACCCUGACAGAUACAUGCUUCAGAACAUACGGUAUUCAAAGCUGUUUGACCCUGCUAAUUGGUUGGAGAUAGACCCUGUAAAUGGGCGGAUCUCCACCAUCGCUGUGCUGGACAGAGAGUCUCCCUAUGUGAAGAAUAACCUCUACAACAUCACCUUCAUGGCUUCUGACAAUGGCAUCCCGCCUGCCAGUGGUACGGGUACGUUACAGAUGUACCUUUUAGACAUAAACGACAAUGCUCCUCAUGUCUUCCCUCCGGAAGUGGAGAUGUGUGAGAAGCCUGAGCCCAACGCCAUCAACAUCACCGCCAGCGACCCAGAUCUGACUCCUAAUGCCGGCCCCUUUGCCUUCGAACUGGCCAACCGUCCGGCAGACGCACGACGAAACUGGACCCUCACACGCCUCAAUGGUGAAUAUGCUCAGAUCAGGCUGCGGAUAGGUUUUCUGGAGAGUGGUAUCUACGAGGUUCCAAUCAUCAUCACAGACUCAGGCAACCUGCCCAUGUCCAAUACAUCCUACCUGAGGGUCAAGGUGUGUCAGUGUGAUCACCAUGGAGAUUGUGUGGACAUGGAACGCAUCAUCGCAGCAGGCCUGGGCACUGGAGCCAUCAUCGCCAUCCUCAUCUGUAUCAUCAUAAUGCUAGUGAUUGGUGUUGUUCUUUGUGAUGUGGAUGAAGAGGAGGGAUAAGGAACGUCAGGCUAAGCAGCUGCUGAUCGACCCGGAGGAUGAUGUCAGAGACAACAUACUGAAGUACGACGAAGAGGGAGGAGGAGAGGAGGACCAGGACUAUGACCUGAGCCAGCUGCAGCAGCCCGACGCGUUGGAGCCAGAGAUGGUAAAGGUGGGAAUCAGGCGUAUGGACGAGAGACCCCUCCACCAGGACCACCUGUACCC